AAAAAUAAAUAAAAAAUGAUGGGCCUGAUCGUAUUAGAAUAGAUAUCAUACAUACACUAUACGUCCUCUGAUAACCCAAAAAAAUAGAAAGAAUCUGAUUCUCCUAUUUUAUCUUUGCCCUUAUGGUGGCAUUUCCUAAAGUAUAAUAGGAAAAUAGGAAUGCAACGGGUAGUAAGCCAGCCACUAAUGGGCGGCGAGAUGAAUGACACCUAAUUCCGGCACAGAUGUGCUAAUAGAUGUGGAACUGCUCGACACGGCAGAAUACCGUGAGGUGUCCCAAAAGCUAGACACCAGAAAUAUUUUUUAACCGCCGUUCAGUGGGAACGUGGGGGUGGGUGUCCGCUAGUCUGAAGGAAACUUGUCUGGGUGUAAUGCCCCUCUGAGACCCAAAGAGAGGUGUUAUAACUGGGUGCUUGGCCGGAUGUGUUGUGGUAUAUUGAUCCACCAAAGGUAGCCUUAAAUCUGUCUGCCUGAUUACUCUGAAGAACCCUUCACGACAGGUAAGUAGAUGGGACUCGGAUUCCUGACUUAGAAGACGUGGAGUGGUAUGUACGAGUGACAAGCUGGCCAGGAGUCUCGUCAGGAUAGAGAGUUCCACGACGAGAAAAGGAAAGGUCGUCACGAGAUGACUCUUUGCCCUUGCGGGAAGACACAACCACAACCGUGCUACUUGAACGCUCAGGUAGUGAGGCGGAUGGGGAGGCGGGGCUGGAUGGAACGUUGUCAUCUCGGGAGCUGCGGGUGUUGUUGGUAGUGUUGAUGACUACUGGCUGUGGUUUCUGAAGUUUGGCCAGGAGACCUAGGUCAAGCGCACGAAGAAGGUCACUGAUAACGCUGAACUGAGGUGGGAUGUCUAUCUCCUUCGGUGUGAACUCGAUGUCGGCGGCGGCAUAUGCUUUACCCUCAUGGCUCCGAAUGCAGAGAAUGAAAUUGUGUGCAUGUCGAAUACCACGGUCACAUAGGUUCCUUCCCUUUGUGAUGGCCUCUACUGGGUUUGCACAGAUUCUGCAGCGGGAAGCGUGUCCGGCAUACCGGUCCAUGACAUGGUAUUCCUGGCUUAUGGGCAUACGGCGGUGGCUAAAGAUGGCCGGGGGGCCAGACGGGGAGGUGGUCGAAGGCAUUGUGCGUGUUGAUGAGGGUCAGUGGUGUUUAACUGGAGAUUUGCUGAUGAAGUACAAAUGAAGUCUUGUUAAGGUAGGCAAGUAAUGGGUAUCUGUUGUUGUCGUAGUUUGAUGCGGAAAAUAUCUUCCACGGAGGGGUUUGACAGGCCUUU